AGAGAGAGAAAUGGGAAAAUCUAACUAUGUUCAAUUCUUCAUCAUCAUGGCCAUAGCACCUUUCAUAUUCAUAUAUUCAAGAUACCCACCGGAAAACCUCGGCUGCUCCACCGCUACGCCGCCGUGGUGCACCACCAAGACUCAUCGGAAAACCAAUCUCCGCUCAACCUCAAUCUUGGACGCCGGUAUACCCGAUUCCGAUCACCACUUCACAGACACUCCCCUUCACCCACUCGACCCACUAACCGUAUCCGAAAUCAAUCGGGUCAGAUCCAUUCUUUCGGCAUACGAGCCCUUCCUAUUAUCUUCCCCAUCAAUCAACUCUCUCUCUCUAGAUGAGCCUGAAAAGAUCGAAGUUACCCGUUGGAAAACGGGCGACCCACUUCCCCCUAGGCGGGCAUCCGUCACGGCCCUUUUCGACGGGGUGACCCAUUUUCUUACCGUCGAUUUGGGUUUGGGCCUUGUGACGGGCCAUGAUGUUCAUACCGGGCCGGGUUACCCGAUGUUAGCACCUAACGACCUAACAACGGCUUUGGAGGUCACGUAUUCGGACCUGGAGUUUAACCGCUCCAUCCUAGCUCGAGGAGUGGACUUGAACGAUAUAAACUGUAUCACACUGUCGUCGGGCUGGUACGGGCCCGACGAGGAAGGUAAGAGGAUUGUUAAAGUCCAGUGCUUCUCGAGCCAAGACACUUCUAACUUUUACAUGAGGCCCAUUGAAGGGCUAACGGUGACGGUAGAUAUUGACAAAAGAAAGAUCAUUAAAAUUACAGACAUCGGCCGAGGAAUUCCGAUACCAAAAGCAACCAAUACCGAAUACGAAUACACGACUAACUAUCCGUUCUCGGACAUGGGCCCAACACCUAACCCUAUGUCAAUGGAACAACUGAAAGGACCCAGUUUCACUGUUGAUGAUGGACACAUAGUGAAAUGGGCCAAUUGGGUUUUUCACCUGAAGCCCGAUAUACGAGCCGGGAUGGUAAUAUCCCAGGCCAUGAUUCGAGCUGAGGACGGGAAAUACAGAAGCGUGAUGUACAAAGGGUUCGCGUCAGAACUGUUUGUCCCAUAUAUGGACCCAGACGAGGCAUGGUACUUCAAGUCGUAUAUGGAUGCCGGUGAGUUUGGACUCGGGGCAACCGCCAUGUCACUUGUGGAACUGAAUGAUUGCCCGAGACACGCAUAUUAUAUGGACGCGGUAUUUACUACUACAGAUGGCCAACCCUUCAUCCAACCAAAUAUCAUCUGUAUAUUUGAACGAUACGCUGGGGAUAUUGGUUGGCGACACUCAGAGAUUCCGGUCAUGGGUUUUAACAUAAGAGAAUCAAGAGCAAAGGUAACACUCGUGGCUCGAAUGACAGCAUCAGUUGGCAACUAUGAUUAUAUCUUUGAUUGGGAAUUUCAAACCGAUGGUUUAAUUCGUAUUAAGGUAGGACUAUCAGGAAUGCUAAUGGUGAAAGGCACUCCAUAUGAAAACAUAAAUGAUAUACCGAACACUAGCGACAUGACUGGGACACUGGUAUCUGAAAACGUGAUUGGUGUGGUUCAUGAUCACUUCGUCACAUUUCACCUCGAUAUGGACAUCGAUGGUGCCAACAAUUCAUUUGUGAAGUUUAAUCUAGUGAAAGAAGAAACAUUACCAGGACAAUCACCGAGAAAAAGUUACUUGAAAGCAAAAAGGAAGGUGGCAAAGACAGAAGAUGAUGCUAAAAUAAAGCUUAAACUAUACGAUCCGUCUGAGUUUCACGUCAUUAACCCUUCUCAAAGAUCAAGAUUGGGUAAUCCAACAGGCUAUAAGAUCGUCCCUGGUGGAACAGCAGCUAGCCUACUUGACCAUGAUGAUGCUCCACAAAUUCGGGCUGCUUUUACGAAUAAUCAGAUUUGGGUGACUCCACACAAUAAAAGUGAAACAUGGGCUGGUGGUGUUUUGGCAUCUCAAAGCAAUGGGGAAGACACACUUGAAGUGUGGUCCUCUAGGAAUCGGGAGAUCGAAAACAAGGACAUUGUGUUAUGGUAUACGUUGGGGUUCCAUCACAUACCGUGUCAAGAAGAUUUUCCUGUGAUGCCAACAGUUUCAUCGAGUUUUGAACUGAAGCCCGUUAAUUUUUUCGAUAGAAAUCCAAUCUUGAGAACCAAACCUACGUUUCCAAAAGAUCUACCCGUAUGUUCAACUGCUGGCACAUGCUAAUAUGUUCAAUUGUGGUAAAUUUGGUAGAUCCAGUUUAGAUAUAUAUAUAUAUUAUGGCUACAAACAUGAUAAAUUUUUGUGUAUACGCUGAUAAUAAUAGAUUUUGAUACCAGUUAAUAUUGACA